CGGGGGGCAGGGGGUGGAAGCCCUUAGUGCCGUCCGAAGCUGAGGCGGGGAAGGUGUGUGCCCCGCCAGCCGCAGGUUCCAUCCCCUGGUCGUGUUGGUAGCCCUGCCCUGGACUCUCUCCAGCAGUUCCCUGUCCCUCUUGAGCUGGGGAGCCCAGAACUGGACACAGGACUCCAAAUGAGGCCUCAGCAGGGCAGAGCAAGAGGGGAGCCUCACCAAGCCUCCACGGUACUGAGCUGCAGGGGUUAAGCCUGGUGACUGUGGAGCUGGCCUGGGGCCAGGAGCAGGAGGGGCACUGGGACACACUGGGCUGUGAAGGACAGCCAAAAGACGGAGAGAAACCAACGCAGCUUAAUUCCUUGGUUGUGGCUGUGGUCAUUUGUUUUCUUCUAUAGGGAAGUCGCAGCGAGGAAUUUAUUCCAGGUCAUGGCAGAAGGAGAGCUGCCGGGCGUGUUGGUGGUGGAUGUGGGAGGAGCUCACGGUUUGCUGGAAGACGUUGCAGUGCUUUUGAAGGAACACUUUCACCUUAUCACCAUGAAGGAAUUUCUUCAAAACAAAAGAGAAAUGAGCAAAAAAAUCCAGUCUGUUUUCGUGUUUGAGCGCAAGCCAACUAUUGACAGGGAGCUCCUAGAAAGCCUGCCUCAUCUAAAGGUGGUUGCAAACUCUGGAGUUGGAGUCGACCACUUAGACUUGAACAUGAUCUCUGGCUUCGGUGUAAAAGUGACCAACACCCCCCACGCCGUGGCAGACUCAACAGCAGACAUGGGAAUGGCCCUGAUGCUGGCCUCUGCCAGAAGAUUAGUGGAAGGCUGCCAGAUUGCAGUUUCCCCAGACACGAGGCAGUUUGCCACAGACUGGCUGGGCGUGGAGGUAACCAGAGCGACGCUCGGGAUCAUCGGCAUGGGCAGCAUCGGCUACAAAGUGGCCCAGAGAGCUGCAGCCUUCCACAUGAGGAUCCUGUACCACAACAGGAACCGGAGAAGAAAGGAGGAGGAAGAGGCAGUUGGUGCCCAGUACUGUGGGAAGAUGGAAGACUUGCUGCAGCAAUCUGACUUUGUGAUGCUGUCUGUGAACCUGACUCCUGAGACUCGCAAACUGAUUGGGAAGAGGGAGCUGGGGCUGAUGAAACCCACGGCUACUCUUGUAAACAUCAGCCGAGGCGCAGUUGUCGAUCAAGAUGCAUUGGUGGAAGCUCUGCAGAACAAGGCUAUCAGGGCUGCUGCUCUGGAUGUCACAGACCCUGAGCCUCUGCCAAGAGACCAUCCCUUGUUAAAUGUCAGUAACGUCAUCAUAACCCCUCACAUCGGAACUGCCACAGCCCAAGCGAUCUGUCUGAUGGCGGAAGAAGCCAUAGCAAACAUUCUGGCUGUUCUCCAUGGCCAACCCAUUCCCAGCGAAGUCUUUCCCAAAUGACUUGUGCCAGAUGCUGGCCUCAAACCUCACAUCUCUGGGAAGACACUGUUUCUCACAGCACCACUUGUAGACUGAGGAAAGGUAACCUGCCCCUGCGCUUCUCUCGCUGUGAUGCUGCACAGCAGUCGUCUCAGAUCUGUGCUGUUCUUACAGUCCUGACAAAUAAAGUGGAACUAA